AUGACCGAAAUUGCUACUAGUACAGGGGCAAAGCAUGACUCCGACCUACGCCGGAGAAAUGUCCCUGAUAAUGGAAAGCCCACUUCGCCCGUGGUCGAGAACGAUGAAAAGAAGGCCAAACCGAAACAGUCGCCUUCUUUCCUCCAUGUUCUUGCUGAUUGGGAGCCUAUCAUUGGACCCAUUUUUCUCACGGCUCUUGCCCUCUUCACUCGAUUGUAUCGCAUUGGACGCUCCAAUAUCGUUACCUGGGACGAGGCUCAUUUCGGCAAAUUUGGUUCCCACUAUCUCAAACGUGAAUUUUACUUCGAUGUCCACCCACCUCUUGGAAAGAUGCUCGUUGGCCUCUCCGGCUACUUGGCCGGAUACAAUGGGUCCUUUGAAUUCAAAUCUGGUGAAAAAUACCCCGAAGAUGUGGACUACACAUUUAUGCGAGCCUUCAAUGCUUUAUUUGGCGCCGUGUGUGUUCCUCUGGCAUACUACACUGCUCGUGAGUUGAAUUUCCGCCGGGCUACCGUUUGGCUCAUUAGCUUGAUGGUUUUGUGUGAGAAUUCCUAUGCAACCAUUUCUCGCUUUAUUCUGCUGGACUCGAUGCUGCUUUGCUUCACCUUUACAACAACCUUGUGUUGGGCACGCUUCCACCGUCUGCAAAAAUCUAGCUUUUCACCACAAUGGUAUCUAUGGCUAUGCCUGACGGGCUUGAGUAUUGGCUGUGUCUGCAGUGUGAAAUGGGUCGGAUUCUUCUGCACUGCAAUCGUUGGUCUCUAUACAAUUGAAGAUCUAUGGAACAAGUUUGGCGAUGUGAAAAUGCCACCGACUGUGCUGGCGAAGCAUCUUUUCGCUCGUGUCGGAGGCCUAAUUGUCAUUCCCUUUUUGGUUUACCUCUUCUCUUUCUAUUUGCACUUCCUUGUCUUGUCAAACAGUGGCCCUGGAGAUGCCCAAAUGAGUUCUCUUUUCCAAGCCAAUCUUCACGGUACUGAGGUUGGACGAGACAGUCCACUUGAGAUUGCACAUGGAUCACGCAUAACCCUGAAGAACAUGGGCUACGGUGGUGGCCUUCUGCACUCGCACGUCCAGACUUACCCUGAUGGGUCGGGACAGCAACAGGUUACCUGCUACCACCACAAGGAUGCCAAUAACGACUGGUUCAUUUACCCCAGCCGAUAUGAGCCAGAAUAUGAUGCCGAAGGUGAAUUGAAGUUUAUUGGUGAUGGAGAUGUGAUCCGGUUUAUCCAUGGACAGACCGGCCGUAACCUGCAUUCCCAUGCCGUUGCCGCUCCCGUGUCCAAGUCCCACAACGAAGUGUCCUGUUAUGGCAACACAACUAUUGGAGAUGAAAAGGAUCACUGGCAGAUUGAGGUUGUUGAUGAUGCUGCAUCCCGGGAUCGCACUAAAAUUCGAACAUUGACAACUGCCUUCCGACUUCGUCAUCCGGCACUGGGCUGCUACCUUCGUGCUGGAAAUGUCAAUCUUCCUCAGUGGGGUUUCAAGCAGAUCGAAACCACGUGCGUCAAGGAAAACAAACCUGGUGAUGUGUACACUCACUGGAACGUCGAGUCCCACACAAAUGAACGCUUGCCUCCUGGUGAUCCCGGCUCUUACAAGUCACCAUUCUUCAGAGAUUUCAUCCACUUGAAUGUCGCCAUGAUGACAUCCAAUAACGCUCUUGUCCCAGAUCCAGAUAAGCAGGAUGACCUGGCCUCGGCAUUCUGGCAAUGGCCAAUUCUGAAUGUAGGCUUGCGGAUGUGCUCCUGGGAUGACAGUGUUAUCAAGUACUAUCUUCUUGGUAACCCCCUCGUCUACUGGGGUAGCACUGCUUCUUUGGGCGUCUUUGGUCUUUUGUUUCUUUGGUACCUUCUACGGUGGCAGAGAGGCUAUCAAGAUCUGAGUCAGGCUGAGGUGGAUCAUAUCCAUUAUUCCGGGUUGUAUCCUGUGGUUGGCUGGGUGUUGCACUACCUGCCUUUCAUCAUUAUGGCUCGAGUGACUUAUGUCCACCAUUACUAUCCAGCGCUUUACUAUUCUAUCCUCACCUUCGGGUUUUGUGUUGACUGGGUUAGUCGGCGCGUCAACGGGAAAUUCGCUGCCGUUAUUUAUACCAUCCUGUAUGCCGUCAUCAUCGCACUGUUCGUACACUUCCGAGCUAUCGUGUUUGGAAUGGAGGGCCCUCAUCAGCAGUGGGCUCACCUCCGCUGGUUCCCCGGGUGGAAGCUCUCGAACUGA